AGCUACCAACAUAUAACAUCAGAAGAAGAAGAAACAACAACGACGCCAUUUUAACAUGGCUUUUAUGAGGAAUGGAUGGAAAGAAUGGAUGUAACUAUUUAGUAUUGUACAGAAACUUACUCAUAUGUUCAGUGUAUUAUUGUACACGAGAUGGACAACACAUAUCACCAUGUUCCGUCAGAUAAACACCAGCCUCCUGUCUCUAAUGGCGGCUAUCUGGAGACACCGUACACCGCUAACAGACCACCGCCGAGCGGCGCGGCUCAUGAGCCGACACAGCCGGCACACACUGCUUCACAGUGGACACCUUCACGGGGAUAUGACGGUCACCCGUACGGAUUCAGGUGCGAUUUACCCGCACCGUCUCCAGGAGGAGGGGGGUUCGGAGGGCCCUGCUUGGCCUUUCCGUAUGGAUUUGACCCCUCCGUCCCUCCGCCUCCUUUCCGCUGUCCACCACCCGGUCACUUCUCUAACGUGGCGCCCACCGCUCCGGUAAACACGUACAGCAGCAGGGGCGCCUCAGCGUUGCAGACAUUUACCCAGCAUUUUGGACUCGGGCCUCAGACUCCGUAUGACUUGGACUCCAGUCAGAAACUACAGCAUGAACGUGAGGAUUUCUCUGAGAGUGGAGCUCCGUUCGGCUGCCCGCUGUUUCCUCCGCGGGGUAAGGACCAUGACAGGAGUCCGGGAACAACAACACGAGCCGAGGAUGAAACCGCCCUUCAGAGGAGACAUGAUCAACAGUGGCUCAGACGUUUCUUACAAAGCAGAGACAAAACCUCCAAGUCCCCACAGAGCCAGCAGCAGCAGCAGCACAGCGGUGUUCCGGACCGGAGACAGGCUCUGUACAGGGCAGCUCAGCUCGUCUCACAGCUGGCAGAGUCCUGUGAAACUCUGAGGGACAACAUAGACAAUGAGUGUGUUUGGACGGACUCAUAUUUAAUGGCCUUGAAAGUGAAGAGAGAGCUACAGGACAAACUCACUGUCCUCAGUGACAGUGAGUGUUUAAAUAUCUGGAAAGCUAAAUUGUCCCGUGUUGCUAAGAGGAAGGCCCGGCGACUGAGAGCCAGGAAACUGCUGCAGAUUGAGGAAACCCAGAGACAGGACCGUAUCUCUGAGAAAGAGGCUGCCAUAGAUAAAUGGAGGAUGCAGCAGAUACACCAAGUAGAGGAGAAGAAGAAGGAGCAGGAGCUGAAGCUGGCUGCAGACGCUGUUCUCUGUGAGGUGAGGAAGAAGCAGGCAGACGUGAAGAGGAUGCAGGACGUCCUGAGAUCUCUGGAGAAACUGCGCAGACUGAGGAAAGAGGCGGCAUCGAGGAAAGGUAUCGUCACGGAGCGAGAAUGUGACGAGGCCUUCGGCAGCCGACUGGAGCAACUGAGGCGUGUGAUGAAGAAGAGGACAGCGGUUUAUUCAGCAGAGGAGAAAGCUCUGAUGGUGAUGCUGGAAGGAGAGCAGGAGGAGGAGAGGAGGAGAGAGCAGGAGAAGCGAGUGAAGAAGGAGAGGGAAAGACAGCUGCAGAGGAAACUGAGAGUGGACGUCAUGUUGUUUGGAGAUGAGCUUCCUGCGGAUUCUGUUCUGCAGCCCUUCAGAGAAUAUUACACUCAAGCCGAGCGCUCGCUGCCCGCUUUACUACAAAUCAGGAGAGAGUGGGAUGUGUUUGUGGUUGCAGCGGAUCAUCCUGACGGUUCUCCGGUUCCUCAGGGCUGGAUCCUGCCAGACGCCCCGUCAGACCAGGCCUGGGCCUCUGCUCUGCACACUGCUGACACUGAGCGAGACCGCCUCUGACUCUCUGUAAUGUCAGCUAGUGCCUGGAUGCUUGGAGCUGAGUCCAACCCCCCGCUGCAGGUCCGACUGUCUGACUCUUAGUGGAAACCCGACAAGUUAAUGGUGAUGGUAAACGUUUUGAGCCAUUUGUUUUUUUGAGAUAACAAGAAAAUGAGAUGACUUGUGAUCUGAUAACGUGUCAUCUUGUUAUCUUUUUCAUGUGAACUGCAGCGUCUUGGAGCUGUCAGACUGUAGAACUGUGUCAGAUAAUAAAUAAUAAAUGAUACAGCGAGGAGAGAGAUCAGGAUAGUUUUGGUUCUGCUUUAGCUGUUUUUGGGGAGUGUACUUUGUUGUUUUUAAGUUAAACACCUGCACAGCUCUUAUUUCUGGUCGCUGCUAAUGUGUUUUUUCUGUUUUGUACCUCAGUAAUAACCAUUUAUUUUGUUGGAAGGAAUUUAUUGUUGAUCUUAAUUUCUGAAUGAGCAGAAAACACAAACAAAAUAAAGUAAUACAUUUUACUACCCACCA